AUGGCAGACACACCGGAAGACCCUGGAGUUAUACGGUGGGUUAUUGGCUUCAUCAUGGUCGGAAUGGCCUGGGGGUUUACCAACCCAUUCAUACGCAAGGCAGCAGUAAACUAUAGUCCGCCUAAAAGGGAUGUUCUGGAGGAUCCAAAUACCGGGAUGGUCAAGAGAUUUAUCUUGAAAGCUGUAUUUGCGGCUUUCGAUAUGUUGAAGAGGCCGAGUUAUGCAAUCCCGCUACUUAUAAAUCUCACUGGCUCUGUAUGGUUUUUCCUGUUGAUCGGGAAAGCUGAACUAUCUCUUACUGUUCCCAUCGUGAAUUCGCUUGCGUUCCUAUUUACGGUCUUGGGGGAGUGGUUUGCCGAGCGAAAGGUCAUUAGCAAAGAGACAUGGAUUGGAAUGGCACUUGUUUUGGCUGGGAUCGGACUUUGCGUGCAUAGUAAGACUUAA